AUGACAAGAAUAUUAGAAGCACAUAAUGUUAAUGUAUUAGGGUCAGGCGAACAAGUCAUAGUUUUAGGUCAUCGUUUUGGGAGUGAUCAGUCAGUGUGGAGGUAUCUAGUGCCACACCUUGUUGCUGAUUAUCGUGUUGUUUUAUACGAUACAAUGGGUGCUGGCACGACUAACCCCGAAUAUUUCGACUUCGAUAGAUACUCCGAACUCGACGGAUUUGCUUAUGAUGUGCUCGCCAUUUUAGAAGAAUUACAAAUCAAGUCUUGUAUUUUUGUUGGUCAUUGUCAUUCUGGUAUUGUUGGUCUUCUUGCCUCCGUUUAUCGCCCCGAUCUUUUCUCUAAAAUCAUUAUGCUUUGCUCGUCACCAAGGUUAUUAAAUGAUGAAGAUUAUAUUGGAGGAUUUAAAGAAGCAGAGCUCAACCAAAUUUUGGACGGAAUACGUUCCAAUUUCAAGGCAUGGUGCAAAGGGUUCGCGCCAAUGAUCGUAGGAGGCGACCUAGACUCACCGGCUGUUCAAGAAUUUUCACGAACUUUGUUCAAUAUGAGGCCCGAUAUAGCUUUAAGGGUAUGCAAGACGAACUUUUUAUACGACUUGCGAAAAAUCCUUCCCAAGGUCACAGUGCCGUGCCACAUACUGCAAAGCUCCGAGGAUAGGACAUCGGCGGGGCCUACGGCUGAGUAUCUACACCAACAUCUUGGUGGCCCGUCCAUUGUUGAGGCCUUGCCUACAACUGGUCACUUGCCACAGUUGAGCUCUCCGGAUAUUGUCAUUUCGAUGGUUCUCAAGCAUAUUCGCCUUCAAAUAGCUUAAAUAAUGAUUUAUGUAUUUGUUUUUGCAUUUUAGGAUCAUUUUUUUGUAGUAUUUAAAAUACUAGUAUGGAAUCUGCGUGUUGCUUCAAAAAAAUCAUUUUUUUAGUUGCCCAUCCGAUUUCCAGAACGCCCGCGUCGCGCAUCUUGCAUGCUGGGUGAAUCUGUUAGUGGAGAUUUUAUGCAUU